UAAAACCAAACAAGUCCACCGCAAAUCCUUUCAAGAAAAAGAAAAACUCUACCGCAAUUCCGUAAGCGCGUAAGCCCUUCGCUUCAAGAAACCCUUCCGGGACUCUUCUCGAGCAUCAUUCGGCAUUCGUAGACAAUCUAAUUAAGAGCACUCGAAACGUAAGAGGAGAGGAGAAGAUCACUGAAAGCAAACAGUUUACUCUCAAGUCUAAGAAAAAUAUAUGGAUCGAAGAGUCGAUUGGAUCAGCAUAUUACCUGAUCCACUUCUUCAUCACAUUCUAUCUUUUCUUGAUACCAAGUGGGCUAUUCGUACAAGCAUUUUAUCCAAAAGAUGGAAGUACAUAUGGACAUCUAUCCCCAAUUUUGAUUUUCUUAAUUGGCGUGGUGCUGAUUAUCACCUUGAUGUUGAAUCGGAUAACAAGAAAUUCGUAAAUUUUAUGGAUAGAAUGAUUAGAUCCGUGAUAUGUCACAUAUGCGAAAGUUUUAUCUAAAGUGUGAUGAAAGCUCUAAUGGGUUUCGGAUUAAUUCGUGGAUCUCUGCUGUAAUAAGCCGGAAAGUUGAAGAGCUUAUUCUCAUCUUAGAGGCAGACGAACCAGAUGAGAUUCCUCCUUCCCUUUUUACCUGUGGAUCGCUGGUUUCCUUGGAGCUACAAUUACCCAACCUUUAUCUCCGUCUUCCUAAUUGUAUCUCUUUUCCUAGACUCAAGGUUCUUCGACUGUUUGGCAUCAACUUUGGAGAUGACUUAUUGACUGAGCAACUUUUUUCUAGUUGCCCCAUCCUCGAAGAUUUGAUUAUGAGGGAUUGCACUUGGCUGUAUAUGGAGAAUUUGUGUAUUUCUGCUCCUGCAUUGAAACGCUUGGAGAUUGAUAAUUCCUUUUUGAAAGAUGUUGAUUAUGAGGAUGGCUUAGAGGACUGCAUGGUCAAAAUUCAUGCACCAAGUCUAGUGUCUCUCGUGUACAAGGGUAGUGUUGCAAGGGAAUACGAUUUAUCUAGCUUUCCAUUACUAGUUGAUGCAGAUAUCAACUUCGUAUCCGAAACUUUGACUGAAACGUGGGAUGCAAAGAUAAGUUACAGUGCAGGUGUAAGGGUAAAUGAGUUUCUUAGGGGCCUCACCAAUGUAAAUUGUCUAAAAGUUUCUGGUCAAGCCAUAAAGGGUCUCUCCUUUGCGGAUGAUCUCUUAAAAGAUCUGGCACCAUUUUGUAAUUUGAUCCAGUUGGAUGUGACUGGGGUUCUUGAAACUUCAGCCGAUACAGGGAUUUGUGCGUUGCUACAAUUGGCACCAAGACUUGAGUCACUCAUAUUUCGCGAGGGUUUACCAAUGGACCGAGCAAUGAAGAUGAAGGUUGGACGCUAAAGUGGGCAUCACUAGUACUGGCUGUUGAUUUCUACGCUUAAAAAGUCUGUUUGUUUUAGGGAGUAUGAUUGGAACCUGAGGGAUGAAUUAGUUCAGAGACAAUUUUGAUAAAUUUGAAAAUUCUGCAAAUGACGGCCAUUGAAUAGAUUUUGAGUAUGUGCGAUUCAAUAUUACUGUGUAAAUAGCACAAAACAUAAU